AUGUGGAAACAGGCCAAUUGGUGGCAGCAGGUGGCUGAAUGUAAUUCUCAAGCUACUCAGUCACUGAAACUGGAUUUUAGUUUAGCAUACAAAGAAGCUAUAUUGUCCAAUAUUGUUUUUCUGCUUGGAGAUGUUAACUAUGAAAGAAAAUAUAAGACCAUAUUAUGGAACCAAAUCAUCGGGGCAUAUGCAUGGGAUGGUCCCUUUGAGAAAGCCAUUGAUUUGUACUGUGCAAUGGUGGACUCUGGUGUAGUGCCGACAAAAUUUACGUACCCUUUUGGGCUAAAGGCUUGUUCUGCAUUGCAGGAUGUGGAAAAUGGUGUGAAGGUUCAUGGACAUGUGAAAAGGCUUGAUCUUGGCUGUGAUGGUUUUUCGUUACAUGGGUUGUGUUGGGAUGCAAUGAGAUUGGUGUUAGAGAUGCAGAAGAUGGGGGUGAAUCCCAAUUCGUCUACUGUUGUGGCAAUUCUGCCAGCAAUUGGGGAGGCGGGUAGGUGGAAGGAAGGAAAAGCUAUACAUGGAUUUUGCUUGAGGAGGGGUCUUGAUGGUGAGGAAGUGGCUGGAACUGGACUUUUGGAUGUGUAUGAAAAAUGUGGCUGGUUGGUUUAUGCAAAGCGGAUCUUUGGUGCCUUGGGGUUGAAGAAUGAGAUCACUUGGACUGCUAUGAUUGGAGCUUGUGUCACUUGUGAUGCCACAAGAGAGGGGUUAGAUUUGUUUCAAAAAAUGAGGGUGGAGGUUGCUGUUAGUCCUUCUCCUAUUAUUCUUGCAACUGUUAUUCGUGGUUGUGCUAAGCUUAAUGACCUGAAUAUAGGGAGACAGAUAUAUUGUUACACAAUUAAAAUGGGCUAUCAUUGCGAUUUAACGUUUGUCACUGGAUCAUCUUCAUUGCGGAUGUACUGGAGUGAACGGGUUGUCGUCUCAUUCGCUGGCCUUGUCUCCAUGUCCCUCACCAUUGAAUUGUAUCUUGAUCUAAUGGUGACCAUGUAUCCAAAAGCUGUGUGA